UUCGUGGUGUCCUUCCUCGGGGUGCAGGCGAGCCCAUUCAACGCGAGGCGAGAUCGGAGUCGGCUACCCAGCACGAUCCGCAGCAAUACUCCCCUCCAAGCCCUCUUUCUGCAUUUUCUUCGGCCCCUCUCCGCUCGCCGCCCUUCUCUCUCUCUCUCUCCCUCCACCUCCCCGCUUGGCAGUCCGCUUGGAGUCUUUCCCCGUGUGUGUGUGUGUGUAUUCCCUCCAUCUUGAGGAGCAUCGCGACUCCCUGACGCCAUGAUGCUCGCACGUUCUGCGUCCCGCAUGCUGGUGGUCGGCCCGGCCCGGUCGGCACCGGUCCGCGGGCUUGCCUCCGUCGCCACUGCCGCCACCAACACCGAUGCAUCGGCUCCCAAAGCCACCCCCGAGAUCAGCCCCGAGGUGGUGGCCGAGACCGUCCCCGACGCCGCGGCCGAUCCGGCGGUCUUGCAAAAGCGCUCGCUCGAGGUCUAUCGCAAGGUUCAGCGCUUGGCGCGUGAGUGCUCGGUCGAGCAUAACCGCGAGGGUCGAAACCUGCGGGACUACUUGAUCGAUGAGAUUCCGGUUCUGGCGCGCGACGCGGCCGCCGCCGUCCGGGCGCCACCCUCAGCCAACCCGCCGACCGCCGAGCAUGUGCUCAGCUCGGCUGAGCGGGAGGCUGCCGCUCUCGAGCGCCUGGUCUCCAAUCACUACCAGCAGAUGUUCACGCGCGACCCCAUGUGCGAGGUGUACAACCUUCGCAGUUCCACUCGGAGCUUCCUCCUCAACAACGACUUCAUCAAGGAGUUCGAUGAGAGCCCGCCCGGCUUCAUCGACCGCACCCUCGGUCAUUACCGGACGAAGCGGAAGUUCGAGCAGCUGCGGGCCCUGCGUGCGCGCAACAUCGAGAUUCUUCGCAAGGCUGAGGCUGACGGCGAGGAUACCAUCGCCGUGGCGACCCGCCUCCUCCAGGAGGCCAGGAUGACGGACAAGUGAAGGCACCCCCAGGCGGACGCAUGUGUAUGCGUGUAUGCAUGUACACCUGGGGCACAUUCCGUCUCGUGGUUGCAUGUUUUCACUCUUCAUCUCACUUUCUCCUUCUCCCUCUCUCUCUCUC